UUAAGGGUUGGAUUUUCAUUAGUCUCACUAAGUUACUUAUCAAUUGGCUUUGGAUGUUCAGGAAAUUCUACCAGACAACAUUGUAUUGUGUUGACCAGGAGGUGGAAGUUUGAAUAUUUGUCUAGAAAUCUAAAAGUGUUGCUUGUUUAAGCACAAGAAUGGCACUGGCUCCCCCUCCAACAGUUGCCCUUGGUUCAGUAGCCUUUGCAGUCUUCUGGGUUCUAGCAGUUUUCCCAUGUGUGCCUUUUCUACCUAUUGGGAGAACGGCAGGGUCCCUACUGGGUGCAAUGCUUAUGGUCAUAUUCCAAGUUCUGACUCCAGAUCAAGCUUUUGCUGCAAUUGAUAUUCCAAUUCUUGGUCUUCUUUUUGGCACAAUGGUUGUUACUGUUUUUCUUGAAAGAGCAGACCUGUUCAAGUACUUGGGGAAGCUGCUCUCAUGGAAAAGUAGAGGACCAAAAGACUUACUUUGUAGAAUCUGUGUGAUUUCUGCUAUUUCAAGUGCUUUUUUCACCAAUGACACCUCUUGUGUUGUGCUGACUGAAUUUGUGUUGAAAAUUGCAAGGCAGCAUAACCUCCCACCUUACCCUUUCCUUCUUGCACUUGCUUCAAGUGCUAAUAUUGGCUCCUCAGCAACCCCAAUUGGGAACCCCCAGAAUCUGGUUAUAGCUAUUCAAGGCAAAAUAUCAUUUGGGAGUUUUCUAACUGGCAUUCUUCCAGCUAUGCUUGUAGGACUUGUGGUGAAUGUUUUAAUGCUUAUAGUCAUAUAUUGGAGGGUGUUAACUAUUCACAAGGAUGAAGAGGAUCCAAUUUCACAAGUGGCAGAAGAGGAGAUUAUGUCUCAUCAGUUUUCUCCAGCCAUAAUGGCUCAUUGUGCAUCCUUUAAUUCUGAAGAAUGCAAUGACAGUUCAGAACCAACUAAUAAUCUUCAGAACUCUUCUCAAGUUCACACUAUGACAAACCAAAAAGUGCAUAGUUUAAGUGAAGUUCAGAUGGGUGUUAGUAGCACAAACUCAAAGGAUUCCACAACAACCACAAAUGCAUCCAAGAAGGGGACCAGUGACACCAAUCCUUCAAAAGAUGUUGCAGUAGUAGUGGAUAGACCUAUAGAAGCACGUAUUAUGCACUCUUCACAAGGAAAGGAGGACUAUUUGAGCUUAAAAUGGAAAAGGAUACUAUGGAAAUCUUGUGUUUAUGCAAUCACAUUGAUGAUGUUGAUUGCAAUGCUUCUUGGUGUAAAUAUGGCAUGGGCUGCAAUUGCAGCUGCAAUAAUUUUGGUUGUGCUUGAUUUCAAAGAUGCAGGGCCUAGCAUAGACAAGGUCUCUUAUUCCCUUUUGAUAUUCUUCUGUGGAAUGUUUAUAACAGUAGAUGGCUUCAAGAAAACUGGAAUUCCAAGUGCUCUGUGGGACUUAAUGGAGCCUUAUUCCAGAAUAGAUCAUGCUACUGGAAUAGCUAUACUUGCUGUAGUUAUACUUGUCCUAUCAAAUUUGGCUUCAAAUGUACCAACUGUUCUGUUGCUUGGAGCAAGAGUUGCAGCCUCAGCUGCUGCAAUUUCCAAAGAAGAUGAGAAGAAGGCAUGGCUAAUCCUAGCUUGGGUGAGCACUAUAGCAGGAAACUUUUCACUGUUAGGAUCUGCUGCAAACUUGGUUGUGUGUGAACAAGCUCGUAGAGCUCCAAACAAUGGAUACACAUUAACUUUUUGGACUCAUCUCAAAUUUGGUCUUCCUUCAACUCUCAUAGUCACUGCCAUUGGAUUAAUCCUCAUAAGAUGAUAAAAGAAUAACUGAAUCAGACAUUUACACAAACAAGUUAUGUUCAUUGUAGCACAUUUUAAGGUUGUGUACAUGUACAUAAACAAAGGAUUUCUCUAUUUUUUUAUCAUUUAUAUCAUCAAAUAAAUGCAUGAUCACGAUGAUCCUAGCAAAAAUGUUUGUUAGGAAUUCUCUGAAUAAUAAAAUGCCAAGUGUUAUAUUUCUUUAGUUGCUUAACUUUCUCUAAGUUAGUACACUCACAUCAGAUGCUACCCUUUUGCAACUUUAUGUCCCAUGGGUUGC